AUGGCUUGAACCAAAUAAAUCCCUCGAUCCGUUUGAAAACUACUACUACCCCGCCCCCAGCACACCUCUCUACCUCUUAUCCCCCGGGCCGGCUUGCUCCUACUCACGCCAGCGCCACAGCUGCACACGUCGCUGUUGACAUCAGAGCUGACGCCAAUGGUGAGGGGGCUACCCUUCAGCUCCCUCUUGUACACCACCACUAACUCAGCCCAGGACACCCCGCAACCGUCACCGCCGCCAGCCGCUCCUCCACCGGCAUGGAUGUGGCCGUCCUGCAAGCACCCAAGGACGAGCCAGUACUUGCGGACCCCAUCCGCCACCGCCAAGACCAUCGCGUCCCUCUUCCUGGACUCCGGGGAGUCGUCCUUCGCCAACUCGUCGGCGCGGACGACGCGCCACGUGGACUGCGCGUCCGACAGCCAGUCCACCGAGUCCGAGGCCCCGGCGGCCGACGACUUCGCGGACGCCAUCGUCCGGGGGCUCCGCUCCGACGACCGCCUCCUCUUCGAGCCCCACGGGCCGUCCAGCUCCAUCCUGGAGAGGAAGCCUCCGGCGGCGCCUGCCCUGCGGCCGCGAGCGGCGGCGUCCUUCGUUGAUGGCGUCGCGGUGGCGUUCGACUCCGCCGACCCGUACCACGACUUCCGGGCUUCCAUGCAGGAGAUGGUGGCCGCGCACGGCAUGGGCGACUGGGACUGGCUCGAGAGGAUGCUGGCGUGGUACCUCGGCGCCAACGGCAGGGACACCCACCCCGCCAUCGUCACCGCGUUCGUCGACCUCGUCGUCACCAUGGCCGCGGCGUCCGCCUCCGCCUGCGCCUGCAGCUCCUCCAGCCGCGUCUCUUCUUUCACGUUCGCCAGCAGUAGCGAGCCGGCCGAGAGCAGCAGCGCCGGCGGCCAUUUCUCCUUCGGCCUGAGGUAAACGGUAAACCAAAGCAAACCAGCCGGCCGGACGCUAUUAUCUGGGUCGUCUCAGUAGCUCCGGCGUGUAUCACCAUGCCUGUUGUCGUAACUCGUGUGCCAGCAACCGUACGUGUGUGUGCGUGUGUUGUGAGAUUUAUAGUUGUACCUGAUCCAGGUUGAUUAUAUAUAUAUUUUGCUUGUUGCGGUACA